GUCACAGACAUCUACAUUCCACAUGAACCCAGUCAUCACGAAAUCCUCCAUUCCUCCGAUUUCACACACACACUCUCCUCCGCUUUUUCUUUGUCCCCAAAUUGGUCACCCUGGACUGUUUUCCCCCGAGCUUUGUCAAUAUCAACUUGAGCAUCCACAGAUUUCCCAGAGUGACGACUGUCAACCCAUAGAUUCCCGUUCUCUCCCUCUCCUAACAUCAUGUCAAACGCUGAGGACUCGGUCAAGCCCCCCGAAUUGAGUGGGAACGAGAGCGCCCCGGGCGGAUCUCUGGCCACCAACGAUCCCAAGAACGUCCAAGAGCUCACCAAUUACAUCCAAAGCAUGCUUCAACAGAUGCAAGAUCGCUUCCAGACCAUGUCGGAUCAGAUCAUCAGUCGGAUUGACGACAUGGGUACCAGGAUCGACGACCUUGAGCACAACAUCAACGAUCUCAUGGUCCAGACUGGUGGGACUGCUCCGGGCACCAAUCCGGAAGCAAGUGGACAGAACAAUGGAGACAAGUAGAUGGAGAAAAAGGGGGGUUCGAUUUGUUUCGUUAUCUCAUUGGAUUGUCCCAGAACGCCCCCCUGGCAUUUCCCGUCAUGAUUGAGUGAAAUGAUGAAUGGAAAAUAAAAUUACGUGUGUGACCAGCUCAAAACGAGAA